AUGUUUGGACAGCGUGCUAUCCUGGGGUCAUCGCACGAUGAGGACAGUUCCGACAUCCACAUCACCUGCAACCCUAACUGGGCCAACGAAACCCACGACGGCAAAACAUACGACGAAGACCAACAAAAAAAGAACAAGCGCGCACCCAAGUUCUGGCGCUGGGACACCAUCCACGAGCGCUGGCGCCAGUUCGCCGUCGCCAAUCUCUGCGCCGACCAGCUGGGCUUCACCGACCACCACAGGAGGCUGUCGCCGCCGGAUGUUCUCACGCUCUGUCCGGACCUGUGGGAUAAGACAGAUGCGGCGAAGGAGCUGCGGAACUGGCGCGAUGAGAUUACACGGUGGGCAGUCUGCCAGCGCGCGGGAGUGCAUUUGAAUAAGUUGAUUGAGUCGACAGAAGAGUCCAAGGAAAACCCGCCUACGAAUAUGCCGACGUCAAAAGGCUGCUCGCGACAGCCGCCAUCCAGACCUUAA